AUGACCUUUGAAACCAGGAGAUGGAUACCGAUGUCCAACAGCUGGUACGGCCUUGCAGCCUCGCUCCGGGCUCAACACCAGGAGAAUCUUUCUCGCUCAAAUGUUAACGGAAGAAACCAGGCUUCCCCAAUGGCUGACCUGGACCUCAUCGAAGAGCCCGAGUCGGAUACUUCCCCCGAGACGGACCCCAACAGCCUCUCCCAACAACUCCAAGGCCUCCAAACCCAAGCCGAAAUUCUCAAGAAACAGACUACGGAGAACACCAAGCUUCUCAAGAACUACAGGUCUCUCGUCAGAGCCAUGGACAAGACCAUCACCGAGGAAGUCGAGGAGGCCGUCUCCAAGGAGAUGCACAAGUUUCAGCAGCUGGUCACCGCGGAGCUCGAGAAGCAGCUCCAGGCCUUCGACAAGCGCAUUCAGAACAUUGAGAAUGCCGUGUCUCAGGAGUUGGCGAACCGGGAGGAGCGGAAGGCUUGGGAGGCGAGGAUCGAGGCUUUCCUGGCCCAGCGCCGUUAG